CGUUGGGCGCUCAUAUCGAGUGGGCACGCUGCCGCGGCCGUCGCAAUGGCUGGGUUGCCGUGCUGUGGACAAGGUAAGGCGAGCCACACGAGGGAGAAACAAUUGCUUGCUGCCAGCGCAUGAGCGUGGGUGCUCUUCUUGCCGCUGCCGCCCAAAGCACUGCAGCGCCGAUAUAACGAGCGAAUCGCAGGCAAACGCCGACAUCGAGCUGGCUGGCUGGCUGGGCUGGGCACAGCGACGGCGCUUUGCUUUGUUGUCGUCCCCAAGCGCCAUUUCUGGUCUUUGUCCAGCUCUUAUCCAGACGCACUGCGCCGCCGCCCGCCCAGAGCGCCCGCGUGCCUAACCUAGAUAGAUGCACCUCUCCCGACCUCACUUCACGACACCAGAACGCAGACAACCCACUGCCACCCUCUUCUGUCUGCCGCACCCACAAAGGGACGUGGCUUCGUCAUGCCCGCGGCCAACCAGACUAUCACGAUCGUGAACAAGGGCGGCAAGAUCGUCAGCACAUCGAAACACUUGGUCAACGUCUUCACCGAAGCCAAGAGCGCCUACAACGAGCGAAAGGCGGAAAUCCAAGCGCAGCGGAGAGGUGAACGAGAAGCUCGCAGUAGAGAGCGCAAGGUCCGGCAGCAGCUGGAUGCUUUGGCGCUUGAGGACGACAAUCAGCCUUCUAGGCGGAGCUCGCGGAGAGGCAGUGAUGAUGGUCGUUCGGUGCGGCGGAAGCCCGUGCCGUCUCACCGGGAUGGCCGUCCUCGUGUAACACGUGGUGCUACCGACAGCUUUGUCGUCAAUGAUCAGACGAAUGGGACACAGAACAAUCGAGCGUUGGUUGGUGGACAGAACUCUCUCGAAGAUGAUGAGCCUCGGGUGGGAGAGCUCGCACGCCGCCACACUGAUGGCAUGGAGCUACGUCGUAAACAUCGCCCCAAGGUUCGGAGCACGAGUCUUGACGACAUUGAUAUGGAUUUGGCUUAUGGAGAGCUGCCGCCUCCGCUGCCUGAGAAGAAAGCCGAGGACGAAGUGGUACUUCGAGACAAGAUGACCUACCUGCAACGCCUGCUUGACGAAGGCAACUGCGUUCAACAUUCGGCAACCGCAAUGAUCGACAAUUUGCAAAAGAACCCCGAUGCAAUGGCUGCGGUAGCGUUGACGUUGGCCGAAAUUUCCAACAUCGCUGCAAAGAUGGCCCCUGGCGCUUUGGCAGCCAUGAAGACAUCUUAUCCGGCGAUUCUGGCGCUGUUGGCGAGUCCUCAGUUUGCCAUUGCUGCCGGCGUUGGCAUCGGAGUAACGAUAAUAGCAUUCGGCGGAUACAAGAUCAUCAAGAAGAUACAAGCGAGGAACGACGAGGAGCGUUUACUUGAGGGGCCUCUUCCGGCCGAGGCUGGAGCCAACGGACCUGAAGAAAUGGAAGAACUCCGCGAGCUCGAUCGCAUCGAGAAGUGGCGACGAGGCAUUGCGGAUGUCGGUGCAGAAUCUCUCGGCACCAGUGUCGAGGGCGAAUUCAUCACGCCCGUCGCUACACGGACUCUCAUCGAGGAAGGCAGGCUGACUGAAGCUGACUUCAAACCACUGGAGACCAAGCAAGAAAAGAAGGAGCGUAAGAAGAAAUCUAAGAGUGUUGUCAGCUCCACCAGUAGUCGACGGAGCAGAAGUGAGAAGGUGAAGAGCAAGCCCAAGAAAGAGUCAAGCUUGUUGCGGUCUUUGUUUAAAGGGCACUCAUAAGGAGCAAUCAUAUGAUGUUCAUGUUUGUAUAGGUGAUAGCGUUCUGUAGAUCUCAUGACAAUUACUCGCUUCGGCAGCGAGACUGCGCGGA